GGGCGGCGGCGACGGAGCCCGGAACAUGGCGGCAGCGACGCGCAGCUUCGGGCCGGAGCGGGAGGCCGAGCCGGCCAAGGAGGCGCGCGUCCUGGGCUCUGAGCUCGUGGACACAUACACGGUUUACAUCAUCCAGGUCACUGAUGGCAGCCAUGAAUGGACAGUCAAGCAUCGUUACAGUGAUUUCCAUGAACUGCAUGAAAAGCUUGUUGCAGAGAGGAAGAUUGAUAAAAAUCUGCUUCCGCCCAAAAAGAUAAUUGGGAAAAACUCAAGAAGCUUGGUGGAAAAGAGGGAGAAGGAUCUGGAGGUCUAUCUCCAAACACUCCUGGCCACCUUCCCUGGCGUGGCCCCUAGAGUGCUGGCCCAUUUCUUACACUUUCACUUCUAUGAGAUAAAUGGCAUCACUGCGGCACUGGCUGAGGAGCUCUUUGAAAAAGGAGAACAGCUUCUGGGGGCUGGCGAGGUCUUUGCCAUUGGACCCCUGCAGCUGUAUGCCGUCACAGAGCAGCUACGGCAGGGAAAGCCCACAUGCGCCAGCGGAGACGCCAAGACUGACCUCGGGCACAUCCUGGAUUUCACCUGUCGCCUUAAGUACCUUAAGGUUUCUGGCACAGAAGGACCUUUGGGGACCAGCAACAUUCGGGAGCAGCUCCUGCCUUUUGAUCUGUCAAUAUUCAAGUCUCUUCACCAGGUGGAGAUAAGUCACUGUGAUGCUAAGCACAUUUGUGGGCUGGUGGCAUCAAAGCCCACCUUAGCCACCAUGAGCGUCCGCUUCUCUGCAACCUCAAUGAAGGAAGUCCUUGUUCCUGAAGCCUCGGAAUUUGAUGAGUGGGAGCCAGAAGGCACAGCCCUAGAAGGCCCUGUGACUGCCAUCAUCCCCACGUGGCAAGCAUUGACCACUCUGGACCUGAGCCACAACAGCAUCUCUGAGAUUGAUGAGUCUGUGAAACUGAUUCCAAAGAUUGAGUUCCUGGACCUGAGUCACAAUGGAGUGCUGGUUGUGGACAAUCUGCAGCACCUGUACAACCUUGUGCAUCUAGACUUGUCUUAUAACAAGCUGUCCACCUUGGAAGGGGUUCACACCAAAUUGGGGAACAUCAAGACUCUGAACUUGGCAGGCAACCACUUGGAGAGUCUGAGCAGCCUGCACAAACUCUAUUCCCUGGUCAACCUGGAUCUCAGCAACAAUAGAAUUGAACAGAUGGAAGAAGUCAAGUGCAUAGGCAGCCUCCCGUGUCUGGAGCAUGUAGCCCUGCUGAACAACCCUCUGAGUAUCAUUCCCGACUACAGGACCAAGGUGCUGGCUCAGUUUGGAGAGAGGGCCUCCGAGGUCUGUCUGGACAACACAGCAACUACAGAGAAGGAGUUGGACACUGUGGAAGUGCUGAAAGCGAUUCAGAAAGCCAAGGAAGUCAAGUCCAAAUUGAACAACCCUGAGAAGAAGGUCAGUGAGGAUUCCCGGCUCUCAGCUGCUCCUUGUGUCAGACCCAGCAGCUCCCCUCCCACCAUGGGUCCGAGCUCAGCCUCUCUGCCCCAGCCUAUCCUCUCCAACCAAGGCAUCCUCGGAGAUGAGUGAGUGAAGCAGGUCCCAUGAGAGUGUCUGCUGGCCUGGCCCCCACGGAAGAGGGGGAGGGUGUGCCGUCCCGAGUGGAGCCGAGGCUCGGGACACACAGGAAAGAACGCCGCCCGCCCGGGCUCCUGGAGAUGCAGAACUUGGUGUGAGGUCUUGGGAAAACAGUUUGACCCUAUGUUUCAAGAGCCAGAAAAACGUUCCCACCCCUUGACCUGGUAACCCCACUGGUGGGGAUUUUAUCUUAGUGGGAUAAAAUAACGGGAAAGGGAGGGGAAAUGCUCCCCGCAGCAUUAUUUAUGCUAGCAAAACAUAGGAUGCGGCCAACGGCAGGCUGAGAGGAAGAUUAAGCCCUGGUACAGAAUGCUGCAACCAUCACAUGUGAGAGAGGGACACUUGGUAGGAAGAAAAGAGAGGACGAGCUGGUUGGAAGAAGAGAGGAACUCAGGUUAAGUCAGAAAGCCCAGUCAGGACAACCCACCAGCUUGUGACUCUGUGCUGCAGAGUCGUGAGAGUGGAGCAGUGCUGUUAGCUGUCAGAGUGUGAUUCUUGAUUUGUUUUUGUUACAUUCUUGGCUGAGAAUUUUUGGUGUUUUUUUUUUUUUUUUAAUGUACAAGGGUAGAGGAGUUUAUAUUGUUGUGAGGAAACCUCCCUGAUGCUGCCUCCUGCUGUGGGGCAAAAGCCCUUUUUGGUAGCCCACAGCACUGGUGAGCCAGCAGGGAGCUGCAGGGCUAGGCUGCUGGGGGACAGGGUGCUGCUACAGCUGGUCCUCAAGGCCAGGGAGGGGGGUCUGCAGUCAACAUUUGUGAAGUCGAAUGAGUGAGUGUGUGAGUGAACACAAACUGGAGCAGCUGGUAAGGAAGAGACCACACAGGUGAAGAGGGUCUGUCCCCAAGGCCACAGCCACAGCCCAUUGGUGUUGAGGCUUAGGCCUCAGUCCCCCAUCCUCACCUUCACUCUGGGGGCUCGCCCGAGUGCUGCUCAUUGUCUGUGUUCCCUUUCCCAGCUACUGGACAUUUAGAUGUUUCCAAAUUUGCACUCUUAUAAAUAAACUGCAGUGGAUGUCUUGGUGUGCACAUCUCUUUCCUUUUUGUGAGAAACAACAAAGGUUGGGCCCCGGUGUCUGUACUCUCCCGAUGUCCCCGUCCCAUCCUGAGUGGCCCUUUCUGACCACUUGUUUGUACAGACCACAGUCCAGGAAGGAAGUGGAGAGACUGUCUCUAUCCACAUUUCCUCAGCAUUCAAACAGGGCUGCGGGAGGAAGGGGUGAGAAAGUGUUGCUUUUUUCUUAAUGUGGAGGGAUCCACAGGUGUUUGUGUUUAAUUUUGUGCUAGUGAGUCUUACCUGGAGGGGCAAGGAUUUCUCCUGUAUGUGAACAGCUUCCCUUCCAGCCUGAUCCAUAGACGGGAACCUACUUGUGAAAAAACUCAGCACUUGCGCCUGCCUGAAGGGGGCGAUGUCCAGUGGAUACCAGGUCUCUGAUCAUCAGAACUGUUAGCCAGCUUGUUGGAGCCUUGGAGGACUGUGACGCAGAGGGGCUGAGUGCAAAAUGCCAUGGUUGAUUCUCUGGCCAGAUCUGGGGCCUGAGGGGAAGCUGUAGAGAAGGGCUUAGGAUUAGGCACCUGGGCUUAGGUGUGUCCCACCGUCCUUGGCCAUGUACCCUCAAGGAUUUGUAACCUCUCUGUUGCUGUUUUCUCAACUGUAAAAUGGAUACACCCUACUUCAUCGAUUCUAAGAUGCACACAUAUCCACCUUGUGACUUCUCUGAAAUUGAGAUGCGUCUUUCAGUCAGUGGCGUCUCAUAGUCGCUGUCAGCCAGCUGGUAUUCCUGACGGAGUCGUGUGAAAACCUUCCGAGGACACCUUCUGCUAAGACCGAGAUGGCGCCACAUCCACGCAUCUUAGAUUUGAUGAAUUGUGGUAAAUAAAUGAGAGGCGCGCAUGAGCUAAUGCUGGGGAAGUGUUUAGUACUGCUCUCCUGGCUCAUGAAGAGUGGUCGGUAAGGGUUUCCCUCUCCUGUGUCCUGAGUGGGUGGGGGGGGGGGCAGUUCACGAUGACCAGGACAGUGCUGCUAAAGAACUUGGAGCCUCUUGGGGAAUUGAGUUGUAUGCCCAAGGUACAACAGUGCAGAUUGAUUCGGGGGCCUUGGUAAGAGGCAGAAGAUUACAUCCAGAGCAGAAAGGACUUUGUGGUGGAGAUGGUGUUUGAGAGGACUCUUAAAGGAUGAGUAGGAGAGGGCUGUAUUGCAGGAGAGAGCAGCCGCACAGACAAAAGCCCAGGUUAGACCCCGCAGUGCGCUUCGUGCAUGACUGCUUGCUGCCCUUGUUGCCUGUGCAUAGCCCAUGUUGCUUCACGCUGUGGGGGUGUCCGAACUCGGGUCCUGUGUCUGCCUAAACCGCGGACGGAGGACCUGGGCUAAGUGUAUUGUCCUGUCCCUGCGCAGUGGCUGAGCUAGAUGAGAGUCUGUGACCUCUGGGGCUUUGAGAGUUCUCAGUCAUUUCAUUGGGCUGUGGGGACUGUUUGGUGGUAAAGCCGGGUUGUGGAGGGAAACCCUGGGCUCCUCCAGACCUGCUAAACCACGGAUUAAUGCCCAGUGUUCACCAAUCAAGUGCAGCUAAGAAGAUGUUAAAAAAAAAAAAAAAAAAAAGACUUUACCCUCAAUCAGUCUUGAAAAUAUCUGAAGUAACGGGCCCAGGUGUGCUGUAUUCAUCAAUUUCAGCAGGGUUGAAACACCGUGUGCUUCCCGGGGUGCAUGAGUCAGAGUGUGCUGUCCAUGGGAAGUGGCCCGGGGAGGCUCACUGGGGUGUGUCCUGCAGGAAAGGUUAUGGGUACUGGGUGUGGGUUGUCCUUGAAGCCCUCGAGGAAACAGGAAUCUGCAAGAAGGGUCUUGCCCCGUUGUGUGUCUGCAAAACUCCUCAGAGAUGUCAAAUUGGGGAAGAAGCGCCCCUCUCUGUCCUUGCCCUGGGAGAAAGCACUAGCACUGAACACAUUUAAGGCUCUUGAUGGACAUACUGCCAAACUGCUCUCCCAGCUCCCAUGCCAGUGCCUGCCUCUGCCCAGUUAGGCCCAGUUCGAGCUGUAUGAUCAGUCUGACCUUUGCCAAAGUGAGAGACAAAACUGGUGUCUCGCUCCAACUUGCCCUUCUUUGAUCAUUUGUCAGGGUGAGCAUUGUUGUUCCCUGUUACAUCCGUUGGCCAUCAUUCUGUGCAGUGUCUUCUCAUUUUUUUUUUUUUUUUUUUUUUUGCAAUCUCCUGGAAUUUUCUCCCCUCAUUUUUUGGUAUCUGUAAGAGCUGUUUGUAGAUUAAAGAUAAAGCCUUUGUUAGAUAUUACAAGCACUUUUUUUCUUGUUUCAUUUCAUUUUGAUUUAGGUUUAUCACUUAAUAGUUUUAUGUAGUCACAUCUCAGUUUCUUCCUUUGCAUCUAUGCUCAGCUCUCACCCCUAUCUUGAGAUGAAAUUAGCAGUCAUUUGUUCUUCAAAUUGUUCUAAGAUUUCAGUUUUAACAUUUUCUUCUAUACUCCAUGUCUGGGUUUGGAGGUCUGAUUAGCCCCCAGCCAUGCCAAUAGCCCAAGGGCCCAGCCCGGAUUGUUGAAUGACUGCUUUCCCUGCCCCGCCUGCCCUACACCCCGCCCCCUGCCCCUGGU